UGACGACACCUGAAAGGCAGCACAAGAGGUAGCCGCUCAAUGGCGCUCGCGCGGUGCCUUCUGGGAGUGGUAGUCUCAAACGUUCCAUGCCUGGGGUGGCGCUGUUCGGACUCCGCGUCCCAGCAUUCUCUGCGCGAACCCCGGAGCACUUCCGCCCUGUUGUGAAGUGGGUGUCUCGGUGGACUGUGCGCUUCUCCAGGACAGGAACAGUGUCUGAGUCACUUCCAUGUCCCCAGUGGCCAGCCCAGAGCAGGCAUCAGUAAAUGCUUGAUGAAUGUGUGAAUAAAGAUCAUCCAGGUGCCUUGGGGAGCAACCUUUCUCUCAGGAGCUCCCUUGGAGGGUAUACCCUAAAUGCAGGAAGAAGCCAGAAGACGACAGCCCAGCUGAAGUGAGGUAUCCUGUCUAGACCAUGGCUGUCGCCCUGGAAUCCCAGGCCCAGGCCUCUCCCCUGCCAGAGCCUGAAGGACUCUUGAUUGUGAAACUGGAGGAGGACUCAUGGGGAUCAGAACCCAAAUCUUGGGAGGAAGACCAGGACCCUGUCCCUGUCCCUGAGGCCUCCCGCCAGCGCUUUAGGCAGUUCCAGUAUAGGGAUGCAGCUGGGCCCCACGAGGCCUUCAGCCAGCUCUGGGAGCUCUGCUGUCGCUGGCUGCGGCCAGAGAUCCGCCUCAAGGAGCAGAUCCUGGAGCUGCUGGUGCUGGAGCAGUUCAUGACCAUCUUACCCAGGGAGGUCCAGACCUGGGUGCAAGCGCACCACCCAGAGAGUGGUGAGGAGGCGGUGGCCCUGGUAGAGGAUUGGCACCGAGAGGCCCGGGAUGCACGGCAGCAGGAACUGGAAGUGUGUGCAGAGACGAGGUCCUUAAAGGCAGUGCAGGAAUCACAGAACUUCCAGCUGCAGCCAGAGGAUCACUGGCCUCAGGGACAGGCCCAGAAGCAGUGGGUGAAGAAUCCAAACCCUGACCUUCCCAAACAUCUAAACAUCAAGGUGUUGCCACAGCCCUUGAAAGAGAGGGCUGUCUUCACUUCCCAUGUCUCUACUUUCCCGAAGAUGCGGAGCAUUGGCGAUUGGGAAGUGCCCACUGAGUCCCAGGAAGCCCUGGGACCUAGAAAACAUGCUGAGAAGAAGUUUUGCAAGGACCCCCCUGGAGAUGACUGUGGAGACAGCAUGUCCCUGGGAGUUCUAAUUUCAAAACCAAAUAGCAUCUCCCAACAAGAGCAAGCAUCAGAAUUUUGGGGUCCAAACCUUAUAAAUUCUGGGGAAAGGAACACUGCAGAAGAUUAUAACCUGGAUAAUGAACAAGGAAAAUCAGCUCAGGCAUUGGCCUGGAGGGACUCAAGGACCUGGGAAGAACAAUACCAAUGGAACGUGGAGGACAUGAAGGUGUCAGGUGUUCACUGGGGCUAUGAGGAAACCAAGACUUUCCUGGCAAUUUUGAGUGAGUCUCCCUUCUCUGAAAAGCUCCGGACUUGUCACCAGAACCGCCAGGUGUACCGGGCCAUUGCAGAGAGGCUAAGGGCACGGGGCUUCCUGCGGACACUAGAGCAGUGUCGAUACAGGGUCAAAAACCUCCUACGGAAUUACCGGAAAGCCAAAAGCAGCCACCCGCCAGGGACCUGCCCCUUCUAUGAGGAGCUGGAGGCCCUGGUGAGGGCUCGGACGGCCAUUAGAGCCACGGAUGGCCCAGGAGAGGCUGUGGUACUCCCUAGGCUGGGGGAUAGUGAUGCAGAGAUAGAUGAGCAGGAGGAAGGGGGCUGGGAGCCCGAGGAAACAGCAGAAGACUGUAAUGGUGAUGACCUGGCCAUUGAUGAGUCCGUCCAGGGACCCAGGAUUCCAGGGGGCCCAGCUCUGUUCCAGAGUCGUAUUGCAGGUGUGCACUGGGGCUAUGAGGAGACCAAGGCUUUCCUGGCAAUUCUCAGCGAGUCCCCAUUCUCUGAAAAACUUCGCACCUGUCACCAGAACAGCCAGGUAUACCGGGCCAUUGCAGAGCGGCUGUGUGCGCAGGGCUUCCUGAGGACGCUGGAACAGUGUCGCUACAGAUUCAAAAACCUACUUCGAAGCUACCGGAAAGCCAAGAGCAGCCACCCACCAGGGACGUGCCCCUUCUAUGAGGAGCUUGACUCGUUGAUGAGGGCUCGGACUGCGGUUAGAGCCAUGGGGACCCUGAGGGAGGCUACAGGCCUCCUCAUUUCUGGGCAGAGCAGUACCAGGGCUGAUGACCACGAGGCCUGGGAUAAGAUGGUAGAUGAAGAUAUCAUCAAACCUCUAACCACAUGUCCCCGAACCCUGGACACUGGUUUUGAAUUGAGGCAUGAGGAUGAAGACCAGAUUUCAGAACAGGAAAUUUUUGAGGAUUUUCCUGGAGCAUUAUCAAAAUGCACUACAGAGGAUGUUCUCCAAGCUCAUGAUUGGGAGGAAGACAGUGAAAGCGAAAAUGAAAAUGGAGGUGAAAGACAGUGGGAAAAUCCUCCACAGGAACAGUGGGAAAAAUUUUCUUCUGAAGAGGACUUAGAAAAACUUAUUGACCAUCAAGGCCUGUACCUGGCAGAGAAACCCUACAAAUGUGACACAUGUGUGAAAAGCUUCAGUCGGAGCUCCCACUUCAUUGCUCAUCAGCGGAUUCACACAGGUGAGAAGCCCUACAAAUGCCUUGAAUGUGGGAAAAGCUUUAGUGACCGCUCCAACCUAAAUACCCACCAGAGAAUCCAUACUGGAGAGAAGCCUUACAAAUGCCUUGAGUGUGGGAAAAGCUUUAGUGACCACUCUAAUCUUGUCACUCACCAGAGAGUCCACACAGGGGAAAAGCCCUACAAAUGCGGGGAAUGUUGGAAAAGCUUCAACCAGAGCUCAAACCUGCUAAAACAUCAGAGAAUCCACUUUGGAGGAAAUCAUAACCACUGUAGUGAGCCUGAGGAAAGCUUUGGCCAAAGCUCAUCCUUUAGUGCUCACUGGAGGAACUCUAUAGAGGAAACAGCUCCUGAACAAGCUCCAAGUGGAAGCAGUGUCAGUAAAAACUUAAAUUCCUCUGGAAUGCACAGCACCAACUCCGGGGAAAGACUUUAUCGAUGUUCCGAAUGUGGAAGAAGCUUCUCUAAGAGCUCUGCCCUCAUUAGUCACCAAAGAAUCCAUACGGGAGAGAAACCAUAUGAGUGUACUGAAUGUGGGAAAAGCUUCAGCAAGAGCUCCACCCUUGCUAACCACCAGCGAACCCACACUGGGGAGAAGCCGUAUAAGUGUGGAGACUGUGGGAAAUGCUUCAGUGAGCGCUCCAAGCUGAUCACACACCAGAGAGUGCACACAGGAGAGAAGCCCUACAAAUGUCUCGAGUGUGGGAAAUUCUUCCGUGACCGUUCUAAUCUCAUUACUCACCAGAGGAUUCACACAGGAGAGAAGCCUUAUAAGUGCAGAGAGUGUGGGAAAUGCUUUAACCAGAGCUCCAGUCUUAUCAUUCAUCAGAGAAUCCACACUGGGGAGAAGCCCUACAAGUGCACUGAAUGUGGCAAAGAUUUCAACAACAGCUCUCACUUCAGUGCCCAUCGGAGAACCCAUGUGGGAGGGAAAACAUUGUAGGAGACACCUCCCCUCACAACAAAAGACAGAGAAAUGUAUAUUUAAAACUCUCAGGAUCUUAAGAUUUAUGCUAGAAGGAAGCAUUCUCAAUUUUUAACCUUGGUGUAUGCCUAGGGGAGUUAUCUUGGUAUAAUACAACUAAUUUGGAAGUGAAUUACAAAUACUAAGGAUCUAUAUUUGAAGGCACUUUUCUUAAAUGUAAAUUGUUUUUUUCGUAUAAAACACCCACACAACAAUCCUCAGGUAGUCCUUACAUUUGCUGUUGUGUCCCUGGUGGUGCUAACGGUUUACACUUGACUAUUAACCUAAAGGUUUGUGAUUCAAACUCACCCAUCAGCGCCAGGGAGGAAAGGCCUGGUGAACUGAUUCCAUGAAGAUUAUAGCCAAGAAAACCCUAUGCAGCAGUUUUGCUGUAUAACGCAUGGGGUCGCCUUGAGUCGAAUUUUAAGAGCUUUAACAGUGUCUGAGCCACACUGGUAACUUAGGGCUCAGUGGUCUUGAGCAUAGAUCCAAACCUUUGGUGUACUUUCACACUGUUGUGUGCGCACACACCCCGUCGGCAGUGGUUCUCAUACAUGGCGACUUUCAGCUGGGACUUACACUUACUGGAGAACUUUGAGACUGUGACGAGACAGGGACGUAGUUGAGAAUCAGAGGUCUGAAGCAGGCCACUAUGAGCUCAGCAAAGAGUAGGAGCAACAGUGACGUCACUAAAUUAUUGUUACUAAAGGAAAAAUAGUCAGGACUUCUUGAGCAUUUGCUUUUUUUUUUGUCAGGCUCGGUGUUAAAGCACUAUCUACAUCAUUCCAUUUAAUUCUCACAACAGCCCCAGGAGAUGACUACUAAUAUUUUCCUCACUUCCCAGAGGAGGAAACUCAAGGAAGUUAACUUGAAAGUUGACAGAAGCAGGAUUCAACCAGAUGUCUUUCUCCAGAGCUUGAGGUGGUGCUCUUCUAUACUGAAUUCCCUUCCACAUUAAGGCAGGUAUCUCAGGUGCCAGGAUCUCAAAGCACUUUAUAGACCACAUUUCCUGUUUGAAUUAACUUAUGUAUCUCCUUUUAACAAAUAUGGAACUGAGACUCUAAAGAUUAAAGGACUUAGGACAUUGAGGAUUGGCAAAAUGCUUUGAACGACACUGAACUAUAUCAAAACACUUGAUGUGAAUUUCUGUCUUUACAAUAAUAUGGGUGAAAGAUAUAGAAGGGUUGAGACUGGGGAAAAUAUGUAGUCACAGUGAUGUUUCUUCCACUGAGAUUCUGCUUUGGCUAAGGAAAUGGGUUUCAGAGUUUCCCUUUUCUCUAGGGGUAUGGGGUUGGGGAGGGCAAUCCUGCGUCUUGUGCUUGGUUUGGUCAUAGGUUAAACCUUACAGGAACCUGGGGUUCCUUGCCAGUGCUCACUCAUACCUGCAUUUUUGCCUCCUGAGCGUUUCCCUUUUGGUGUGGCUGCAGCUUUGUUCUUGGUCUCUGUGCCAAAACUGAAGUAGAAGGGAGGAUGAGAGGAGUUGAGCUUUAAAUACUGUUCUAUACUCUAAGUUCUUGGCAUAAUUUUAUCCUAAGCCAUCUUGUCCCAGGCCUACCCAGAGCUUUCUAAGUGUUGGCCCUUAAGGCCAGUGUCAUACAGGACAGACCAAAUCAGGAAGGUUAAUACAGUACCACUCCUAAUGUGCAGCACUUUGGCCACCCAGAGUUUCUCCUUAGAAGGAUUUAAAAAUGUUGACUAAGGACUUGUGCUUCCAUAGGAUUUUAAAGGAAAAUUCCCUCUCCUGCUUUCACUUAUGACAUUGGGAUGCCAGUUGUACCCUGGUGAUCUUGUGACUUGGGGAGAUAAAGGAUGUGAUAGAACCUUGAAGGAUGGGACUUCCUCUGAAUCACAUGUGAGGAAGUCAGUGGAGAGAUUUGCCACUCCUGCAGAUUAAAAUCCCUUCCUCUGCUUCAGAACCUCUCUUCCCAAUGACCAGAUCUCCUGGGAUUACUGCCUAUCGGUGCAUCAAACCCUGUCAAUUCUUUCCCAGUUUACGUUUCCUGGCUCAUGUUAUCUCUGAGAGGGUGGGGUCAUGGGGUGAGCCCGGGAUCAAAACUAGCAGAUGUCAGUAACUGCAAUAGUAAAAGGAUACUGGGAAAGGGAGUUCUAGGGAAAGGCAAAGUGGUGUGAAAUAGCAUGGAUUCAGGGUAGGGUUAGGGGAAACUGUAGGCUUCUUGCUGGAGCAAGGUCAUCGAAGACCUCAUGCACUGUGUGAGUAGAGCUUGGACACUGGGCUCAGGGUAACAUGUUCAGGUGUGUACUGUUGAAAUCUCUCCGAUAGCUGUAUGCAACUUGGAUAUGAUGCAAUUAGGACAGUCUAUUGGGAAACUAUUGCAGUAUUUCCAGUUGGAAGGUGAGGGCCCCAUGUAGAGCAGUGGUUACAAUGAAGGAGAGGAGGUAAGUCUGAGAGAUUUCAGAGACAGAAUUAUGGACAGCAGAAGAAAGCUAGAAUACCUUGGGUAACUGGGUAAGGCAUGCCGUCGUUAAAAAGUGGGAGCACAAAGAAGAGGUACAGAUGGGGCAAGAGGGCAGAUGAUGAUUAAUUUUGGACAUUUUGAAUUUGAUGGGCCUAGGAGAUUUGGCAUUUGGAUAGCUGGGCCUGAAGCUAGGGGAAAAGGUAGGACUAGAGAGUUAUUUGUGUAUGCAUGGUAGUUAAAAUUGUGAGAAAAGGAAUAUGUAUACAGUCAAAGAAGAGUUGGGCCUAGGACAAAACACCAGAUUGUAGACAGAUUGUAGAGGAGGAAGCCCCUACGGAACGGAGACCAAUCCCCACCUCCCCCAUAGUCCUGUCAUCUUUUGGAUGCUGCCUCCAUCAGUGCUUACACAUGAUUAUCAAUGUAGUCCUGAGUAUUCUGGAACCUUCACUAUGGGAGCCAAGCUGAGCUCUGUGCGGAAGUGUAGAUGGUGACUUUCUCUUCCCCUUGAGUGUUAACCUGUCUGCUGCUCUUGGCUCAUGUUUUCAGUGAACAGUCCUGAUGCUUUUACCUAUAUUAUUCCUUUCCCACAACUCUUUUUUUUUUUUUUUAAUUUUUAUUGUGCUUUGAGUGAAAGUUUACAAAUCAAGUCAGUCUUUCACACAAAAACUUAUUUUCACCUUGCUACAUGCUCCCAAUUGCUCUCCCCCUAAGGAGACAGCCCACUCCCUCCCUCCAUUCUCUCUUUUUAUGUCCAUUCCGCCAGCUUCUAACCCCCUCUACCCUCUCAUCUCCCCUCCAGACAGGAGAUGCCAACAGUCUCAAGUGUCCACCUGAUCCAAGAAGCUUGCUCCUCACCAGCAUCCCUCUCCAUCCCAUUGUCCAGUCCAAUCCCUGUCUGAAGAGUUGGCUUUGGGAGUGGUUCCUGUCCUGGGCCAACAGAAGGUCUGGGGGCCAUGACCACCAGGGUCCUUCUAGUCUCAGUCAGACCAUUAAGUCUGGUCUUUUUACGAGAAUUUGGGGUCUGCAUCCCACUGCUCUCCUGCUCCCUCAGGGGUUCUCUGUCGUAUUCCCUGUCAGGGCAGUCAUUGGUUGUAGCCGGGUGCCAUCUAGUUCUUCUGGUCUCAGGCUGAUGUAGUCUCUGGUUUAUGUGGCUCUUUCUGUCUCUUGGGCUUGUAAUUACCUUGUGUCCUUGGUGUUCUUCAUUCUCCUUUGGUCCGGAUGGGUUGAGACCAAUUGAUGCCCCUUAGAUGGCCGCUUGCUAGCAUUUAAGACCCCAGAUGCCACUCUCGAAAGUGGGAUGCAGAAUGUUUUAUUAAUAGAUUUUAUUAUGCCAAUUGACUUAGAUGUUCCCUCAAACCACAGUCCCCAAACCCCUGCCACUGCUACGCUGACCUUUGAAGCAUUCAGUUUAUUCAGGAAACUUCUUUGCUUAUGGGUUAGUCCAGUUGUGCUGACCUCGCCUGUAUCGUAUGUUGUCUUUCCGUCACCUAAAGUAGUUCUUAUUUUUAUCUAAUUAGUGAAUACCCUUCUCUCACCCACCCUCCCUCCCUCCUCUCAUAACCAUCAAACAAUAUUUUCUUCUUUAUCCCACAUCUCUUUGUAAAGUCUCAGCCAGUGAAAGCAAGAGCAGCGUGGAACAGGAGAGAGACUUCCCUCCCUUCCUGUCUUACUCUUCCUUUGGAAGAAGUACUCUUUCAGGUGGUUUCCAUGUGUGAGGCCUUACCCACUACCUUGCAGGGCAUUCAGACAUCCUCCAAUUGGGUCUUUGCUGCUUGAAUAAACUGACAUCUGAUUUUAUACAUUCUGAGCUUGGUUAACCUGAGUCAACUCUUGGGAAGUAGAUCCAUUCUAUGAAGAGAGGACAAGUGUUCUCAGCUCGCAUGGCCGCAGGGCAGACCUUGGUGUGGAUAUGGUUAUGGAAAAUCAAAGGGAUAAAUAUUACCUAGGAGGGCAUUAUAUAUAGAGACGGCUGCAUUCCUUUACUUGAUUUCUGUACUCUUUGCCCUAAGAAGGGCAUCGAUUUCUCUGAAGUGACUAAAAAGUGCCAAAAGGUCCCUGGGUGUGCAAACAGUUAACAUGGUUUGUUGCUAAUCAAAAGGUUGGAGGUUUGAGUCUACCCAGAAGUGUCUCAGAAGAAAGGCCUAGUGAUUUACUUCUAAAAAAUCAGCCAUUGAAAACUCCGUGGAGCACAGUUCUACUCUGACACAUAUGGGGUUAUCAUGAGUCAGGAUCAACUUGACAGCAACUGGUAACUGGUAAAGGCACCUAAAGGCUUCAAAUUCCACAGACUCCCUCAGGAGGCAGCAGGCCCAGAGGUUGGUGUGGAAAAGGUGGAACCCAGGUGGUUUAGUGACCCAGUUUUUUCUCAGGCCUUGGCCCCAGCAUCUGAACUCAUGGGCAUGCCUUUCUCAGCCUUAUUGUUCCCCCAGAACUCCUUGCCCCAAUCAGUGGAAAGCAUUUGGUAUCCUCCUAUGCUGAAAAAUACAGCAGUCAGUACCCUUGGGUAGCCCUUUUUUCCUGCCUCAUCCUGAUCUGGGGCCCUGAAUUGGGGGUAGCUUUCUACCUUCAGGGUGCAGAGGAGAGUUUGUGUUUCGUCACUUUUGGGAGGGGAAUAAUAACCCUUUCAAGGAGAGUUUGCAGAAGUUUUGAAGUAAUAAAUGCAAUGAUAUCAGGAGUGGGUAUGAUGGCGUCAGGAGUGGGUGUGACUGUCAGGGGCAGACUCACAUUAACCACGAUGCGCUGGGUCUUCACGCCCUAGAGUUCUGUCCUUGGCCUACUUCUUUGUUCACUUGGAAUGGUCUCAUCCAUUUGCAUUUUUUACCACUGUGUUGAUGCUGAGGACUUUGAAAUCUGUCCCUGCCUUGGCCUCUCCUCUGAGCUUCAGACCUAGGAGACCAGCUGCCUGUUGGCCAGCCCCACUUGGAUGAUUCUGGGGUCCCUCAAACUUCUCUACUCUACCUGCAGCCAUAUUGAGUCUCUCUGCCCAGCCAUUCACCACAUGCAUUUACAUAUACACUUAGUGACUCAUCAACCAGCCUCCUUCACACAUCCCAGUAAGGCUUACACAUUAAGACUCAUCACAGACUCAGUCUCGCAAACACAUCCACCCUCCUAAGGGAAUUUUCCCAUUGAACUGAGGUUACCCAGCUGCCUGGGAAGUCUUUUUCUGAAUGGAGUCAGUACCUAAAGUCAAAAUGAAUCAUGUAAAACAUUCCUUUACCUCAAUUUCUGAUUCCCUCCUCUGUUCAGACUUCCCUUAGCCCCCUCACAGUAACAAUAAAUGCCAAUCCUAAGCACCUGCCACAGCCUGCUACAAGAAGUUGUUGCCAUGUAUAGUGGAAGGUUAGGGAACGCUUUGCAGGAGAGGUGGCGUUCGUGCUGGACCUUGAAGCCUGGGUGGCUGACACUCUAAUCUUUAUAUCCACAGCUCCUGGCAGUUUAUCUCUUCACACUCCUACGUUAGCAUUAUUAACAUGUCCAGCAUCAUUUUCCCAUCACUCUGAAUUUAGGCAAACCUGAGAUUACUUCCAAGAGCACAUUUUAGGUGGAUAAAGGCAUGUUCCUUCUGUACCUGUUUGUUACUUCUCUCACCUCGUGCUGCAGGGAAUUGAUGACCUCUUCUUAAGUCCCUGUUUCAUCUCUAACCUGGUCUCUGCCAGGAACCCAUGGGGUGGCCUGCACCCCAGAAACUCCAUCCCAUGGUGCUUAGAGGAAGAGGCAGGGAGCUCAGGAAGGCCUUGUUCUCAGUGGGCUCAGUCCUCCCAUUUCUCAAGGUUGAGAGCUGCUUUGUUGUAAAAGCCACUUAGUUAAGUCAAGAGCAUCAGAACAGUAAAGGGCAGGAUCCUAUUAAAAAUUUUUGCCUAAAUGCACUACAAAUAGAAUAGCGAUUUGCAUAGGUAAUGAUUUUCUGAUUAGGGCGCUGUUAGUGACUUUCUUUAUAUGUGAAGAUGAUGGUUCUGGUCUUGUCUGCCAUUACAUAAUAAACACAUUUAUUUUUCACAUCUUCAUUAUAAGAAGAUCUUCCAUAAUUGUGCUACCUAGAGGGUGAGGGCCAAGGGAGGGAAGAUUAGCAACAGAGCCUGUCUUAAGGCUGGUCCUGGAUCGGCAUUGUGGAUUCAUCUGAGCCAAAGUGGGAAAGGGGCUGCAGGCAGGAGCUGACGAGUUGUUGCCACUAAAAUCUCCUGAGAGUCACCAGGGCUCAGAGGACCUUACUUUGGUGCCAGGUGGCAAAUGUAACACAGAGGAAAAGGGGACCUUGUCUUUCCUUUUGCAGAGAACUUGGUCUGGCUCCAGUGCUUUGAGGACUUCAGAGACCACAGAGUAGCUUCUGCAUCUUUAGAGGCAGGGGAGACCAGCAGGAAGCAGUUCAAGGGUGUGCCCUGGAGGUAGGGGUGAGAAAUGUCUUUGAAAACUCUGCUGCAAACUUUACGCACAGGGCCAGGGCAGGAGAGGACGUCUACAUGGACAGUACCUGAUAAGGAAAAGGCUUGUUCAUGACCACAUAUGAGGUCCCCAACCCAACUCCACUUCUGAAGAUUCCUGGAAAUAGAUGGGGGAGGUAGGACUAGCAUGGCUGGAAGUCCUGCAUUAGGAGAAGAGGCAUGAGCUCAUGCUAACCCCUAGUCCGGUGCAUCCUGGGGAAACAGGAAACCUAAACGUUAACUCCAGAGACCUUUCUUGAACAACUAAUUUCUUACAGAAACUAGACAUUUGUGAUUGAUUUGGUUCUGUCUCAGUGUGAAAUUAAAAUGAUUUAAAUUUUGGCCACCAGGAGGCUCAGAUGUUUAAGGUCCAAUUUCUGAAAACUAAGUAGGCCUCUCUGGUUUGCAAUUUGUCCAUCAAGUCUUCGCUUCAUUUUAUUUGGCUUUGUUUUCAUUUCCCUAUCCUUUAUUAUUAUUAUUUCCCUAUGGUAUUAGGUAUGUUUCUUAAAGCUAGUCAGAUGCUAUUUUAGGAUGAAGUGGCCUGACAAAAUAUUAUUUUAAUUAAACUAUUGCAAAAAAAAAGAGAACUUGUUUUGGAUUCUUCUAGCAUCUUCCUGGAUAUGCUAAAAGCAUCCAGGAAGGGACUAGGAGUAAUCAGUGAGGUACAGUGAGGCCCUGAAGGAGGAGUAAGGCCCAAGAUCUCAAGCUCUUGAUGUUAGACUGGCCUUUUCCUUUUACCACUCUCUAUAGUUUUAAGUGCUCAGCUAUUAAUCUAAAGGUUGGUGGUUCAAAUCUACCCAGAGACACCUUGGAAAAAAGGCCUAACAGCCUGCUUCUGAAAGAUCACAUAGCCAUUGAAAACCCUAUGGAGCACGGUUCUAGUCACAUGGGGUCUCCGUGAGUUGGAAUCGACUUCUCAAUAACUGCUUAUGAUUUUUCAGGCAUCAGGGAAUGUGUAAAACCUCAGGAAUCAUUUCCUCUUUCUCAUAGCAAAUGGCUCCUCGGUCUGUUGGCAUUCUCCACAGUCUAUUUUGAUAUGCCCUAUAGAAUCUCUGUGUUAGGAAAUCUACCUGAGGUAUCUGGGCCUCAAAUAACACAAGGAUGAAAAGAAAGGCAGUUAUCAGAUGACUGAGUCUUAUCUGAUUCUUCUGAUUGGCUUCAACAACCAAUGUACUUUAUAUUGAGAAGGAAGGGAGAGCUAGGGGAUCUUUAUGGUGAUUCUUUUCCCUCCUUUCUCAACCCAUUCCCCUUCUUAUGGUGACAUUCCGAAGACUGUGUGGCUCAAAGUUCAAGUUUCCUAAUAGAGUUUAACCUUUUAUCAUUGUUGGAUAGAAUAUAGGCAAUUCUGCCUUUUAGAUUCUUUUAUUCUUGAAUUCUGAUCAUGAGUCAGUAGAUAGAAACCUUUCAGAGUUUGACAUGGCUUUGAUCAGAAUCCACUGGAAACCUGUUUCUUCCUGUAGGUGUCAGAAUCUCAAGUCUAAGGAGUUUGUGGUUGUUGGAAUGGCUAAUAUUCUGCACAUCUUAGGGCAAAGAUGAAAUCUGGGAGGAAAAGAGUCAUGAUCUCCCUGGAGGAGCAAGUUCUGAGUCUUGUUUACAUGUUUUCAUGAAACAUUCUUUCUAGCGUUUACUUCAAUACCAGAUCCACAGGGUUUGCCUUCCUGGAAGAUGGGAGAGAGGCCAAGGACUACAUUGUCCCUGUUCUUGCUGUUAGGCAUGGUUUGAUCACAGGUACAACAGGGUAUAGGGAUCAGUUAUAAAUUUUGGGGUCCACUAAGACUGGCCAGCAAAUGUAGGCAAGAACAAGAACUCUCUUAUCUGAAAGAGUCCAAUCUGGAUAGGCAGAGAGCUGGCCAAGACCAGUAUAACUGAGAAUGUAGUACUAGGGAAAAAAUCCUACCUGAGGGAGUUGCUUUUGUGGGCUGGGGCCAGCUAUCGGUUGGCCCUCAUGUCAAUAGGCUGCUCAGUGCUCAUGUUGCCAGAGGUUCUGGGCUGAACCAGGAAUCUGACUGGCAUCUAGUCCCCUAGUAGGCAGUGGGAAUCAUCCGGUGAGAUCGGGGCAUCUUUGGGGAUGAGGUCUGAAGAGGAGGAGUGAGGGACCUGAUAGUUACAGGACUCAGGCAGCUUGAGGAAGGAGCAGGGGGGCAAGGGCAACAGAAGGAUUGAGAGAAGAGAGGGGAGCAAGUCGGAAAGGAUGGUGGGUAGAUGGGGAGGGCAGAGACACAGAGGGAAAGAGAAGGAGUAAAGGGACAGGUAGGGGAGGAGGUAACCAAGAUAG